ACGCGCGCUGGGAGAAUGCUCAGCGCCGUCCCCUCCUUGGCGGGUGCUCCGUUGGAGAGCGGCGGCAGCCGCGAAACGUCUUCGCGAGGUUCGCCGGCGGGCCGGCUGCCGCGGUGCCCACCGGCUGCCGCACGCCGUCAGCUGCGGUCAUCGUCGUCGCCCCGCGCGCGGCGCCGCCAGCAACAGCAGCAGCGUCUCGCUCAGGUGCCGCGGCGGCGCGGCCACUCGUCGGCGUCGUCCGGCUUGACGGCUUCGUUCUCCGGCUGGUCCACGUCGUGCGUCGUGCUCUCCCCGGCGUGCUUCGGCUGGACGCCUGGAUUGUCGCUGCUGCUCGACCAGACUCCGCCGUCCGCCAUCGACGCGCAGGUCCUCUGGAUUACCACCGCCGGUGGCGGCCGGAACGCAACGCUGGUGUUCGGCUGCCUGCACCGGGGCCGCGCCGCGUGCGAGCGUGCUCUGGCGUCGCUGGUCGCCGGGCUGCGCGCGCUGGCGGCCCUCCUGAAGAGCGUGCUACGCACGCUCGUCCGCUUCAGCUACGGCUACGGCGCCAAGGUGCGCGACGCCUGCGCGGCCAGGCUGCGGACCUGCCUCCUCCACCUGCGGAAGGCACGGUCCCGGGAGCUAAUUAAGCAAGCCAUUCAAGACAAUGACUUCAUGAAGAACCUAGAGACUGUGCAGAUCAAGGAGAUCACCGACUGCAUGUACCCAGUCGAGUAUGCCCAGGACAGCCUCAUCAUCAAGGAGGGCGAUGUCGGCUCUGUUGUUUACGUCAUGGAAGAGGGCAAAGUGGAGGUCACAAAGGAGAGCAAAUUUCUCUGCACCCUUGGGCCAGGCAAAGUGUUUGGUGAGCUGGCCAUCCUCUACAACUGCACGAGGACAGCUACAGUCAAAGCUAUCAGUGAUUGCAAGCUUUGGGCCAUUGAAAGGCAGUGCUUCCAGACCAUCAUGAUGAGGACAGGCCUGGUCAGGCAGUCUGAAUAUACUGAAUUUCUCAAGAGUGUGCCUACAUUCAGGAAACUUCCUGAGGAAACCCUUGUCAAAAUAUCUGAUGUUCUUGAAGAGACUACUUAUGAACAAGGUGACUACAUCAUCAGGCAAGGGGCUAGGGGUGACACUUUCUUCAUCAUCAGCAAAGGAACUGUCAAGGUAACCAGGAAAGCACCGGAGGAGGCAGGUAGCACAGGAGAGGAGAUCUUCAUCAGGACAUUGCACAGGGGAGACUUCUUUGGUGAAAAAGCGCUGCAAGGUGAAGAAUGUCGUACAGCCAACAUAAUCGCAGACGAUCCCGAGGGUGUGACAUGUCUAGUCAUCGACAGAGACUCCUUCAACCAGCUGAUGAGCAACAUUGAUGAGAUCAGAGGCAAGCAGUAUGACGAGGAUGUUGGUGCAAGGCAGAGGAUCAAUGAAGAGUUUGCAAACUUGAAGCUGAGUGAUCUCCGUGUGAUAGCCACACUGGGAGUUGGUGGCUUUGGCCGGGUUGAACUGGUACAAAGCAUGCAAGACCCGAUGCGUUCAUUUGCACUUAAGGUCAUGAAAAAGGCACAGAUUGUGGAGACAAGACAGCAGCAGCAUAUCAUGUCUGAGAAGAUGAUUCUCGAGGAAGCCAAUUGUGACUUCAUCAUAAAGUUGUACAAGACAUUCAAGGACAGAAAGUACCUGUACAUGCUGCUUGAGCCAUGUCUAGGUGGAGAGCUGUGGACCAUCCUUCGAGACCGUGGCAACUUUGAUGACAACACUACAAGGUUCUACACAGCUUGUGUUGUGGAGGCCUUUGACUACCUGCAUGCCAGGAACAUUAUUUACCGUGAUCUCAAGCCAGAGAACAUGCUGCUUGAUGUCCAAGGAUACAUCAAACUGGUGGACUUUGGCUUUGCCAAGAAGUUGGUGAAUGGGCGUAAGACGUGGACUUUCUGUGGCACACCUGAGUACGUUGCUCCUGAGGUGAUCUUGAACCGAGGGCAUGACAUCUCGGCAGACUACUGGUCCCUGGGAGUGCUCAUGUUUGAGCUGCUUACUGGCGCACCUCCAUUUACGGACCCUGAUUUCAUGAAGACCUACAACAUCAUCUUGAAAGGGAUUGAUGCUAUAGACUUCCCAAGGUGCAUCACACGCAAUGCAACAGCGCUUAUUAAGAAGUUGUGCAGGGACAACCCAAAUGAAAGGCUAGGCUAUGGUAAAGGAGGAAUCAGGGACAUUAUGAAACACAAGUGGUUCGAUGGAUUCAAUUGGGAAGGCCUCCAUACCAGAACAUUGAAGCCACCUAUAAUUCCACAGGUGCGGCAUAUGACAGACACGAGCAACUUUGACCGAUACCCACCAGACACGGAUGGUCCACCGCCUGAUGACAUGACAGGGUGGGAUGCCAACUUCUGAAACUUAAGACAGAAAGGACUCAGUUUUUCAAACCUUGUGUGUUUUUGCAAAUGGACUCUUUCUUGCCAACCGCCGGAAAAUCCAAGUGGGCCAGCCGCUACAGCCUCCAGUGCUUUUCGCCCGUUGUCCUUCUUCGGAAUCCGGUAAAAUAUGUGACCUACUUUCGGACAGAAACACAAGAGUGGUGCGUGCAGCUGCCGAAUGAUAGUGGUCCCCAGUGGAAAACACCCCGUUAAGAAGAGUGUCCUUCCCUACCGGGCACCUCACGACGUGUCACAAGAAGAGCCCCGACUCUAGUCUUUGAUGAUCGUGUCCAAAGACUGCGUCUUGUCUUUGCAUCUGGCUGUGGAAGUUGAUGCGUCGUGCUGUGGUGCUGUGAUGCCUGCUCCUCUGGCUUCGUUUACAACCGCGUUGUGACAAGUGUCAGUGAAGUGUGGCUCUGCUGCACAGUGGUGAUGAAAUGGAACGGCCAAUUUUGGAGCUUGUUACACUGGUUGAAUGGGUAGUCUUGUUUUGAAGACCAGUAGUAGAAGCUCUCAUUGCUGGUCAUUCUAUGAAUCAAACUGUAGAAGGUAUACAGAUGCAGCAAUAUUGGCAAUUUAGACCACAUGUGGGCAGCAGUAACUGCAGUGACUGCACCUAGCAGUUAAUGAUCACACAGAUCUGUUGUAUGCCACAAACUUUCACUAGCACUUCACUUUUGCGAUUUGGCCUGAAAGUGAAAAUAUGGAGUCAUAUUUGUGAGAAAACCAGCAACGUUGUUUCUAAAGUCUGAAUUGCUUGCUUUCCAAAUAUCCCCAUGAUUUUAACUUGGUUCUCACCAUUCUAUUUCACUAUCACUUUUUGUGCAGUGGGACUCACACCUGCAAUGAAGACAAAUUGUCUUCGCCAGUACAAAAUGAGUAACCUUAGAACUUUAGAGAGACUAGUGUUUGAACUGUGUGCUGUUAAGCCAUGUCUUCUUGUGGCAUGCAUGGUUUUGGUUUAAACUCAUUGUUCUGAUUUUAAAUUUUUAUAUAGCGACUGCCUGUUUACAUGAAACUGCAGCUCCUCCCUGUGCUAAUGGAUGAACUGGGGCAAAGAGAUGUUACAUAUGGCAAAGAGCAUUUUUUUUUUUUUUUUUUUGUAUGGCAAGGCUUGUGCAAAAUGUGACUAUUUGUGAAAGGGUCAACUGAAGUAGAAGUGAAAAGCACACAGCACAAGAGUCAAAUUUAAAUAUGUUGUUUCACACUUCUGAAUAGUGAUUUAGAUGGUUGCUCUAUGAGUGCUUUUGCAUACUAUGCCAAAACUUUGGUUAUUUUUGGCCCUAAUAGUUAGCUUGUUUAUGAAGUGUUGAGAAUAGCCUUUCUGUACUAUGCAAUAAGCUGUCUGUCUGUUAUUGUGCUUCUCCUGUUGUAUGUUGACAGUAACUUAGAACUUAAAUGCCAUUUUUUCGUUGGUCUUGUUAGUAAGAAUGCAGAUUUUACAAGCUGUGUGGAUUCUAUGACUUUGGCAUUAUUGAGUCUAAUCAGCCUGUAUUUGAAUAGUGACUGCUUCAGAAUGUUGAGAAUGUGCCACAAAGAUAAUGUUUCCUUAUGUGUAAUCACCAUAGCUGUGUCUCUUGGAAUCCCGUUAUACAAAUGUUAUGGUUGUUUUUAUACUUAGUGGCUCAUGCAUGCACUGCACAUAGCAAAAGUUGUAUGUGGUUCAAAGUCCAUUGGUUCAGAAAGAAUAUGGAAUCACUUUCACAACUGCUUUCUUAAGCACAUGCAGUGUGGACAGCAUUGAAAGGCAAGGAGGCUUAGGCAAAUAGAGACUUACAUGUGGACUACCUUCCAAGUCGUCUUUCUACUUCUAAGAAUCAUUGAUUUUCAAUGUGGAGACUGCAUUUUUGGUGGAUUUACAAAUGAAAUCGGAUCUAACCUGCUCAGCUGGCACAUUAAAACUUAUAUGUGUGAAGCAUAAUGGAAACAGAAAUAUAUGAGAAGUCCAGUAAGGGCAUGGGCUGAGUUUCUUUGAAGAGACUUUAAAAUCAGAAAGGUCUUACAUGUGCAUUGCAAUACAAGGUGUGCAACACAACCACUGUGUUGAUGGCUUCUUGUUAGUUCUUGUUAUCAGUGCCGUAUGUUUUUUUUAAUGAAUUAUGUGAUUAUGUGCACAGUCAAUAAUGAUAACAGACCACUUAUCUUUACAUGUAGAAUAGUCGAAAGAAUCUGUACCGAAUGUGUGAAUUACACAAUACCGUUCAUCAUACUUCUGCUGGCAUAAUGUACGAGCAUAAGGCAGUGCAUUAUGUAUGUAUCAUUAAGUAUUCUGUAAAUGGGUACUUUCAGAAAAGAUUAACUGGACCUUGUCAAAAAUGUUUAAUAUUCACUCUGCACCACUGCUUUGGAGGUAUGUGUGAUUGAUAAAGAAGACUGGGCUUGAAGGGCAGUGAAAGGUGUCGGUGUUUCUCUAUGUAAUAUUAUUUUUACACCAGCUUGCUCAAGUUUUCAAACACAGAAGUAAAAAUAUCCAUCUGUUGAGCCUUUGCCAUCUGUUUUUCAACAUCUUCGUGCCAAAAGCAAAGAUUUUGCCUUUCAAUAUACUGAAAAACUCCUUUGCAACGAUUAUUGAGUGAAGAACGUGCUGUGCAUUGUCUGUCAAAUGCAAAUUUUUGCCCACGUGAUUUGUGGUGCCUGAAUGCAUCAGCCAUAUGUGUUUUUUUUUUUUUCCUGUUUUGUUUUGUUGUUUUUUUGUUCACUUUACAGUGAAUGCAAUAAUCGGUGCAUGUAAGCAAGGUAGUUAAUGUUAUAUAUAAAAAUACCAAGCUUUAUCUCAGUUUUAGCGCAAUAUUAAGCUUUAUUGUUUUGUUGUUGUACAGAGCAGUACAUUUUUGUGCAUGUUAUAACUAGGACACCCUUUAUAGGGCUUAAAAAAUUAUUUUGUUCUAUUCAUGUUCUUGACAUGCACAUUAGCAAAAUGGGCUUGGUGUCACUGCUGUAUCCUUCAUAGCAGUGACAAUAAGCACUCUGUCUGAAUAAUGGCAUUGUUAGGGGACAAACUAAGCCUCAUAGAUAAUAAAAGAGGCGUGGAAGUUUUGAACUGUCACAUCAUGCUGGUAGACUGAUGUUUCCUAUGCAAAGCAUCCAGUUAAGAAGAAAAUAUUGUGAUAAAAGUGUCACUGCUCUCUUGCCAGUAAGCCCUUUCGAACAUGUGGACCAUCAGCCUGCUGGUGUGAUGUCAUCGUUUUAUUUCUGUUUUAAGAUUGUCAGCUAUCUUGGACAUACUGAGAGAAAAUCAGGCACAUGGCCUCCUCCCCUUUAAAUGUUUCUAGCCAUCUUGUAAAUUGCCCUAUUUUCCACUCUCCCAAGGGUAAAGCACAGCUAACUGCUGCAAAAGCCCUCAUCCCUUAAGAUAUUUCUGGCUGCACCACUCUUAGCAGGCACAAUUAAGUGUGCUGCAGCACUUGACAGUCUCUUUUUUUUUUUUCUUUCUGUCUAGCUUACGACAUGCUGUUUAAACUUUCCUUCCAGCUCAUUUUCUUUUUCUCUUCUUCGUCUUCUUUUUUUAGCGUUAGUGAAAAAGAAGGAAGAAAUCCAGAAGAACUUGCGAAAUGAUGAAUUAAAGCUUUGCUGUUGUGCACGUUUAUAGAAACAUGUCUUCCAUGUGGAGGCUGUUCAAUAAGUGUGCAACCAUGUUUCUUUUAUCUACGGCUAGCUUGACUUUCAGGGAAGCUGUGAAAUAAUCUUUACUGAACAUGUGCCAGGAGAACCGGUGUAAUGUGCAAGUGUUUUAUGUGACACCAACUUAGGAGGUAAAUAAAGGAUUCAUAUUUUGCUGCCA